AUGUACCGAUUAAGUGACAAUUUUUAUCAUAGAAAAUGUUACUUCGAGCGGGAGCAAGUGCCGACACAGACCGUUAUGAAGGACAAGAUGUGCGAGUCUCUUGCCCUCGUCUACUUCAAGUCCAUGACGCCCAAGCUGAAAGUGCUGGCGGGCCUGGAGCCCCCGAUGAAGGGCGGAGGCUCCGAGUGGUUCAUGCCCCCGAAGGACUUGCUCGACGGCCGCGCAGUCCUCAAACCCGUGAAAAAACUGUACCUCAACAACCUCGGCUUUAACGGCAUCAACUCCAUCGGAGAAAAACUGAGAAUGGAAUACUUUAUGCAGAUGCUGGAAGAGAAACGACAGGCUUUACUCGACAAUGACAACAUGUGGAAAGCAAAAAUCAUUGCCAGCAAUAAAAAACAAUAUGAAGAAAGUUCCAUAGAAGAAGCUGAAAAAAAUACAGCAAAGAUAAUGAAAGCUUUCAAAGAAUUUGAAGCUUUAUACAGAACUUCUGUAACGAGAUUAGAGGAUAUGGUCUAUAAUGCAGCCAUUGAAGAGAUAAAGCGAAAUCGAAAAGAAACCUUCAAAUAUAUGGAGGCACAUUAUGCUGAUCUUGUAGACUAUCAAGCUCGAUCAAUGUACGGUGCGUAUGAUGAAAAGCUUAGAAACGAAAAGGCAAAGAUAAAGGCGAAAUUCAUUGAAGAUGUACAAAGUAUAAGAACAAAUAUGGCAAAUGUAGUACAUGAUAUAAACUAUGACAAACAUUUGGCCAUAGAGAAAUUACGGCACCUACUCGAAUGCCAGAGCUUGGCAUGUCAAGUUUAUGUGGCUUUAAAAGAAAAAGAGGAAUGCCAGAAAGAAAUUGAUAUAGUCAAACAUGACCACCAUAAAAAGGUGAAGGUAUUAGAUGACGAAAUAGCUAUGAAAAAUUUCGAAAUUCGUUUGGAAAUAGAGCAACAGUUGAAACGUCAAGAAUUUGAUCGGAUUUGGAAGAAAAAAAUAUGUCACAUCGUAAAAAAGUUCCAAAUUUUCGUGGAAUACUGCCUGAAAACAUUACCAGAACAUGCGGAGUUCUUUCUGAACAUGGAGAAGCUAAUGAUGCUGCAGAUAAACGCAGCGGCAGAAAAUCCAAGUGCUGAGAGUAUUAUUGAAACUGAACCGGAGUAUAUGGGCCCAACACCAAGACCCCACCCCUGGUACCUUUUCUGCGAUAAGGGUUAUAAGCCACAACUUGAACAGGAUCUAUGCCCCAAACAUUGUACUUCAAGCGCUUCGCAAAUACCCGUUGUAGUCCUCAAUAAAAGAUGCAUAUACGCUGCUUGCAACAACUAUGACGUUUUUACGGAUAAAGUGACUCAAUACAUCGGUGGUAAUCGUGGAGAUGACAUUGACGUCCAAGAUGACCAUGACUAUGCCAUCGAUGUUCCUGUAAAAGUAACCAAGUCACUGCAAGUUGAAGAUCUCAAGCUAGAGAGUUCGUUGAUGCAAAUUCUUCAACAAGAGCUACCGAAUAUCAAAGAACUUCCAAUUGAAUGUUGUGUUUGUAAGAUACCUUACUGCUUUUGUAGCCCGCUACAUACAUCCAAGAUGUCAUUAUAUCAUUCUCGGCAACACCCCGACUCACAACGUCCUGAAGUAGAGGUUGAUAUGGGAAACAGAUUAAAAACCAGGAAGGACGAGCUACGUUUAGCACGCGAACCAAAAUGGGAGAGUUACAUGGACUUUAUUGCACCAAAGAGUUGCAAAUGUUCAAAAAUGGCAAAAAAACAUUUGGAAGAACAUUUACCGUUGUACAUGAGAAAGACGUCGAGAUUUGAGCCACCAGAAUUGCCUAAUUAUGAACCGUGCAGACUGGAGACUAUGAGAAGAUUGGUGAAGAAAGCUAGAGGAGUACGGACGCCUCCACCACCACCGCCGAAAGCGGAAUCGAAAACGAGAGACGUGGGCCUCCAGUGUUCAGAUCACGAAUUUGACAUAGCGUGUACUUGUUUCUCAGAUCAAGAAAUUAUAAAGCUUUUUGAGUCGAUCGUAUACGGUUCGAAGAUUUAUACAAAGACUACUGAGACACGUGUAGUGGGCAGUUCGGUUGCCGGUUCAUUUAUGGGUAAAAGCGCGACUUCUUUUGCUACCGAUCGUGCGUAUUCUCUGAGAUACUUGCUGGACGACGCUCCUAAGUUAGAAGAGAUAUUCAAAAAGGAACGCUGCGACUACUAG